UUUUUUUUAAUAACAAAAGAGAAGACGGUCCUGCUCUUCGACCUCCUUUCUAUUUUGGUUUAAUCAUCAAACGGCGUCGUAAUGGAAGAACAUGGUUCUGGACUCCGGCGAGUGUUGGUGUUAGCAUUUUGCGUGGCCGGGAUUUGGUCUGCCUAUAUUUACCAGGGCUUUCUUCAGGAAACUCUGUCCACCAAGCGAUUUGGUCCAGAUGGGAAAAGAUUUGAGCAUUUUGCGUUCCUUAACUUGGCGCAAAAUGUGGUGUGCUUAGUUUGGUCAUACAUAAUGAUAAAGCUUUGGUCCAGUAGCAGCAAUCGUGGUGCUCCCUGGUGGACUUAUUGGAGUGCCGGAAUCACAAAUACAAUUGGUCCAGCCAUGGGUAUAGAGGCUUUAAAAUACAUCAGUUACCCUGCUCAAGUGCUGGCAAAAUCCUCAAAAAUGAUUCCAGUCAUGCUGAUGGGUACUCUAGUUUAUGGUAUUCGAUACACUUUUCCCGAGUAUAUCUGUACUUCCCUUGUGGCUGGAGGGGUAUCUACAUUUGCACUUAUGAAGACUAGCUCAAAAACAAUUAGCAAGUUGGCUCAUCCUAAUGCACCGCUUGGAUAUGGGCUCUGUUUUUUGAACCUUGCAUUUGAUGGUUUUACAAACGCCACUCAGGAUUCAAUAACUGCAAGGUAUCCAAAGACAAGUGCUUGGGGUAUCAUGCUGGGAAUGAAUCUAUGGGGUACCAUAUACAACAUAAUUUACAUGUUUGGCUGGCCACAUGGUAGUGGCUUUGAGGCAGUCCAGUUUUGCAAGCAGCAUCCAGAGGCUGCUUGGGAUAUUUUCCUCUAUUGUCUCUGCGGUGCUGUUGGCCAGAAUUUCAUUUUCCUGACAAUAAGUCAAUUUGGCUCCUUGGCAAACACAACCAUUACCACCACACGCAAGUUUGUCAGCAUUGUGGUGUCUUCUCUGCUGAGUGGCAAUCCACUGUCCACAAAGCAAUGGGGUUGUGUACUCAUGGUCUUCUCUGGGUUGUCAUACCAAAUCUACCUCAAGUGGAGGAAGUUGCAGAGGCUGCAGAAGAAGAGAAAGACCUGAAGGAGGCCUGUAACAGUUUUGAGCUUUAUGCUUAACCAUCCCCUUGGUAUACUAUCAUUGCAGCCCUAAGGUUCAAUGAUCCCGAAUUUAAGACAACGCUUAGAAAUUGAUGUAAUUGAAUAGAUUUUCAUUUGAGAAAAAGAAUGAUCUGUAUCCGUAAGUGCUAAGUUUUAAGUGCCCUAUUUCAAAAACCAAAAUCUAUGUAAUUGCUUUUCCUGCUCACUUUUUUCCCCGUCCCAGUUGGAUGUGAAUGUGAUCUUAACGAAAAGUAAUACUUAGUUACAAAGGAAAUUGGAUAGAGAAGCGAGCCCCCUUCAAAUGCCACGAGGUAUCUCUUUUUCAUUAUUCCCAUUAGCAAAAGCCUCUCUGCUUUAUGGUAAAGUGCGGGCAAGAGAGGUAACUGUUGCAUAUGAAUUGACCUAUUCACUCUGCAAUGAUAACAGACUUUUCCACAGCGCGGUUCAGAGUGAUAUUUGGGCCAAAAGUUUGCAUUAUUUGCACGGAUCUCCAGGUCAAAACAUUUAAAACUUCACCUUCCAUGGAGAAAGAUUAUGGCCAGUAAGUUCACUUUAAUUUAUAUGAGGUUCCCUCCCCCUUCUUUUACCCUUUGCUUUUGCGUUUGUCAUAAUUACACUUGUCCACCACUAUAUGAUCUGCUACCCCCACCUACGGAUGAUCUUCCUCAAUAACAGAGUUCCUACACUCUUCUUCUCUGCAACACUGUCCUCACUAACACAACUGAGAUGAGAUUGUUUUAGAAAGAAAUAGAGAAGGGAAAGAAAGGGGGUGAUUCAUUUCCAUGCUUGGUCAGACAAAAUGGAUGUUCUGCAUUCUAUGUCUGAUACUCUAUUGUAAAAUAAGCAAGAGAAACACAAGUGCCAAUGUCAAGAAUUUGUUGCUUGAGGUGAUUUACCAUCAUUAAAGACAUCCUUAACAUUGUUGACUUGAGA